AUAAUUUUCAAAGGCAACUAACUCAGUUGAGAAAUAGACGCUGCCUCAUAAGGUUCGGUAAUCUCAGUCAGCAAUACACGCCCACAGUAUGGAGAACCUUUACAUCUUUAGUCUGCUGGUGUGUCUAUCUACUCUGAUAUCGUCGGUCUCUGCUGGGGACUUGCUUCGAAAAAGUAUAGUUUACGAUAAAAAUACACCUGAUGUGUUCUAUUGUCCUGAACACAAACAAAUUGGAUUUGAAAAAAUGAUAGUUACAGCCAAGCCGUUAUCGAAGCUCUGUCAAUUUAGAGGUGGCCCAAUUCCUGAAGAUUAUAAGAGCGAUUGUUACAAUGAUGUUGAUGAGACUGAAUAUGCUUGCCAAGAAAAGUAUAGAAUCAUGAUGAGACUCCAUCCACCUGGAAGUGACUCGCCAUAUGAUGAAAAAAGUCUACAAAUGUUUGAUCCAGUUAAUAAAAAAUUGAAUGCGAAAAAUAAUUUCAACUGAAGAAUAGACAUAAAUAUGGAAAAUUUAAUAUGAACGAAAAAUUGUGUUUGUAUAUCUAAAAUUAACUAUACGCCACAAUUAUUAAGAUGCCAAUUUACUAAUAAUUAUAUCCUCUUUUGACAAAAAGCUGAUUUCUCGAUUUGAAUUAUAUGCUUUACAGUCGUAACAAACAAUCUUACACGAAUAUGUAAUGUUUGUGAAACAUUUUACAAGCAGCAGCACUACAAGAUUAUAAUUCAACCUUUCUAUGAAAUUUUAAUGCAUUUGACAAGGAAUAUAAAAUUUAUAUAAUUAAGGAGGACGAAACAUGUAUACAAGACGUGCUUUCUAACCGCAACACGGAGUUUCUCUUACAAAGCACAUGUAUUGUUAAUUUCAGGCACAUUAAUUUCUCUAAUCUCUUUUUAAUUUACCUUAAAAACUUUCUAAUCAUAGUAAACCAAAAGUAAACUGUUCAACUGUUAUGAACAAGCUUAAGUAACAAAUAUUUUUGUUCUAAAUUUUCUCUUUCGUUACAAAGCAGCGAAAUUAUGUUGCUCCUCGCUGAGCGAGGUAGCGAGUUGGUGUUCGCUUCUGAUCAUAACAGGGCAUCCACUGCUAUUCAGAGUCAGUGUUUAAAUGAAUUUUGUGCAACGCCUACGCGAGAAAUACAACUCAUUUCGUCUGAAGACAAUGGGGAAAAUGAGCGAUUUCACAAUCGUUGACAUGAUCGUGGCAGAAUAGUACGUUUUACCGCCUAGUGAGGAAAAGUUUCCUAAGAAGUGGAACAAAGUGCGUGGAACAGUGGGAAAAACUGAUUCUCUGUCGUGAAUAUAUUAAAUAAGUCGUCAUGUAGCGCCAUGGAAAAUUUAGAUUGACCUUUGCAACAGAGUGAAUGUAUAUCCGUGACUAGUCCUUGCGUUGCUAACCUAUGCGUCAAUCAAUUGAGAAAUCACUUAUUUUUCCAACAUUUCUCACCUACCUUCCACGUCUACAAUGAAUCAGGGGGAAUCAGUCUCCAGAAGGUGGGAUUUUUCGGCCCCCACCACAACCUUCUAAACCUUCAAAUCGUAAAAAGAUUAAAAAUUUUUCCUACAUUUUGUAAAAUUCUGCUAACAUAAGAAAAUUGCCUUUAAAAUCUUUCUGCUUUUUCUGUGACAAUGUUGGAAAUGUUAUGUGGUAUCUUGAAAUGUUUUGUUAUAUCUUACAAUGUUUUUAUAUAAUGUCUUAAAAUUAAUUUUUUAAAAUAAUAAAAUAUUUUAAUUAUUCCUAGGAUUCUUC